GAUACAGUCGACGAAAAUAUCAAAUUCAAAAUAAAAAUUCAGUCGACCAAAAAAUCACUUAAACCGAUGAACGUUUCCUGUUUUUUUGUGUUAUGAAUUUUGUAAAUAAUUUAUUCCGCAAAAAGUAUUACUUAAAUAAUUAGAGCAUUUCGUAUUUGUGUUAAGUCACUAAGUUUACGGUAAAGAUGAUGAUAUCUUCGUCUGAUUCAGAAGAAGAUUGUUACAGCAACGCAGCUUUAAAGCUGGAAAAGCUAAAAAAUGCAUACAUAGACGAAAAAUUGGACAAUUCCAGUUUGCUAAAUGAAUCCUCGGACGUGGAAGUUGUUACGGAAGAAAAGAAUAAUAAAAAUCCCAAAGCUAAAGGUAAAGGUAAAAAUGUAACUAUCAACGAUGAAGAACAAGAUGAUUUGGAGUUGGAAAAGAUUCUAUCGUAUUCCACGAGACGCCAAACUCGAUCUUCGACGAGAAACAAAUAUUCAGAGUCAAUCAUUGAAAUAUUAGACACAAGUUUGAAUAAGUCUGUUACCACAAGGAGACGUAAACAAAGUCUGAAAAACUCAACAGUUGUACCUCCUAAUAGGACUACUACUAACAGAGGUGCUUCUACCAGAGGUACUCCUAACAGAGGUAGAACAAGAGGUAGAGGUAGAGGUCGUAGUCAAAGAGGUUGUAAUACAAACACAAAUUGUAAUACCAGUAUACCAGAUUCUACACCUGUAUUUAGUGUUGGCAACACACUAGAGUAUGAGGAUACAUUAGAAGGCCAAAAACUAUUUAGCAAAGCAAAUAACAGUAAUAACGUAAUAAUAAUAGAUGAUAGUGAUGUUUUAGAUGAAAAUGAAGAGUUAUCCGUUAAAGUAUAUUGGAGGAGUUCAGAUUAUUAUCCCUUUAAGAUACGUAAAUUUCAAAAACUAACACCGAUAUUUAAAUAUUUCGCUGAAAAAGAGAAUGUCAGUGAAAACAACUUAUUAUUUAUGUAUAACGAUAAAAUAUUAAAAGCUAGUGAUACUCCUGACUCAAUUAACUAUAGUAUUGCGAAAUUUAUAGAUGGAGGUGUUGUAAACAGGGAUGUAACGAAGCUAGUUAAUGACAAAACGACAGACAAUUUCAAAGGUAUACAGAUUAAAUUCCAAUGUCAGAAUACAAAAAAACCGUUAGAGGUGUCAGUCCAACCGAGUGAUAAACUCUCAUUGGCAAUGAUCAAAUGUGCGGAACAUUUAGAGAUGCCUUUAAACAAACUGAAGUUUGUCUUCGAUGGUGACAGUGUUACAGGUACCAUGACACCCGAGGAGUUGGAUUUAGAAGGUGGUGAAUGCAUAGAUGUGAAGAUUAUUAGCUGAUGAAGUAACCUUGAUGAAUAUGGAAGCAUCUAACAAAGCUAUAUAUUUUGAACACCCUGUAAUAUACAUGUCACAUAAUUCUUAAAAUGGAUUUAUUUUUUGGAUGAAUGAGUAGUUUUUUCAACAUAGUUAUUUAAAUAUUAUUGGUUUAUUGUACAAAUAGCUUUUAGAAGUAAAUAUAGUUUAUUGUCUAUUUUUAUUGUUAACUUUAUUUAUUUAAUUAUAUCCAAUUAGCUGGACCUAAUAUUUCCUAAAUAAUUGUUUUAUGCUUAAGUGUUGCCAUGGGUUGGAAAAUAAAUUCAAAAUAAUAAGUUUUGUACAAUUACUAGGUCUGUGUAGAUAAUUCAAAAAUGAUGUUUUCUUUAAAGUUUAUAUUUGGAAUAAAAUAUUUUUCUUCUAGCCCCCCUUAGCCUGUCUCCCAACGCCCCCUAGUUGUGAGUUGAUAACGCCUAUUUUUAUGAACUGAAUUCAAUGUUUUUCCACUUUUAUAUGUACUUGUAUGACUGUUUUUUUUUUAAUAAUUUUCGAUAAUUGUAUAAAAAGUCUUUGUGUUUUUUUUUGUAGAAUAAUAAAAAUACGGCGAUAGACACUCAAUGAUCUUUAAAUUGUAAAGUAUUUCCUUUUGUAAAUACAUUAAAUGAGUUGCAUGUAA